CCCGGAGCGGAGCCGGUUCUCCAGCCCGUGCCCGUGGGCUGGACAGAGCCCCUCGCACCCCGCCAUGGCUCUGUCCUGCGUGCUGAGGCCACCGCGCUGCCACCUCCGCCCUCCGCCGCUCGCCCUGCCCUGCCUGCCCGCUCCGCACCGCAGCCUGGUCACGGCCACAGCAGCGACCCGGGGAGGGAGGAGAAAGGCCAGGGUGAGCUGCAGCCUGCCUGAGCCUUCCUGGGAGGAGAGGUUAGCAAAUGCAGUGACGCCACUGUGGAGACUUCCCUACCAAGAGCAGCUGCAGGUAAAGUAUGAAAGCCAGAGGAAGGUUUUGCAGACACUGGCAUCUCGUCUUGAGGAGCUGGGCAUAGAUGCACAGAAACCUGGUGGGCUCUGCUGUCCUCUGCAGCCUGUAGUCCCUUCGCCCAUCAUUAAUGGCUACCGAAACAAAUCGACUUUCUCUGUGAACCGAGGACCAGAUGGGAACCCCAAAACUGUGGGGUUGUAUGUAGGAACAGGCAAAGGAAGAAAUAUUGUCUGUGUGAAAGCCAACCAUGUGGAGAACAUACCCUCAAAACACAAACAAGUAGCCCAGUGCUAUGAGGAGUUCAUCUGUCGCUCCCCCCUGGACUCCUGCAUCCUCUUCCAUGAGGGCGGGCACUGGCGAGAGCUCGUGGUUCGUACCACCAGCCAUGGCCACACCAUGGCUAUCAUCACCUUCCACCCCCAGCAGCUGGGCCAGGAGGCACUGGCUACUCAGAAAGCGUUGCUGAAGGAGUUCUUCACAUGUGGGCCCGGAGCAGUCUGUGCCUUGACUUCACUUUAUUUCCAAGAGAGCACGAUGACACGCUGCUCCCACGAGCAGUCCCCUUACCAGCUCCUCCACGGAGCACCGCACAUCUUCGAGGAACUGCUCGGCCUGAAGUUCCGCAUCUCCCCAGACGCCUUUUUCCAAGUCAACACGGCUGGAGCAGAAGUUCUGUACCAGGCAGUCGGGGAGCUCUGCCAGGCUACUGGGGACACUGUCCUCCUUGACAUCUGCUGCGGAACAGGCACAAUCGGUCUCUCUCUGGCUCACCGAGUGUCCAAGGUUAUUGGUGUCGAGGUGGUGGAGAAGGCAAUAGAGGAUGCUGAGUGGAAUGCAGCAUCCAAUGGGAUCUCAAACUGUGAGUUUCACAGUGGAAAGGCAGAGGCUGUGUUACCAGCUCUGGCAUCGUGGGAGGAUGCCCGACCGCUUGUUGCUGUGGUGAACCCUUCUCGGGCUGGCCUACAUUACAGGGUUGUGCGAGCCAUCCGGAACUGCCGGUCCAUCCGCAGGCUGCUCUACAUCUCCUGCAAGCCAGAGGGUGAAGCCAUGAGGAACUUCCUUGAGCUGUGCUGCCCACCUGACCCACGGAAGAAGCUGGCAGGGGAGCCAUUUACCCCUGUGUUGGCUGUUCCUUUUGACAUGUUUCCUCACACUGUUCAUUGUGAGCUGGUGCUGCUCUUCACCCGCUGACAAGGAGGCAAGGAUGAGCUCUGAGAGCCUGGGAAGCAACCUCCUCCUGUCCCAAAGAGCCAACGUAGUUAGGAUUUUAACUUAUUUUCUAUGAAGUUGUAUAAAAAUAAAUAAUUUUGCUUUUUCUCUUACUUUGGGUUGCCUAGCAAUACCGUUCCGUAAAGAACUUCUUGGAUUUCUGGGGUGAAAAGGUUCUCUGUAGCAUUUCAUCACCCUUCCUUCCCCUGCAAACCUUGGGUUGCUCGUUAUAGCAGCCUGGAAAAGUCUCUCUCCCUGUGCUGAGGAAUAUGAAGCUCGAUGUUCAGGGCU